AUGAAUAUCAUUAUGUCAUAAACACAACCACAAAAGCCUGAGAUAGAAGAGAUUAUUUGCCAAAUUCAUAAAAGAGAGAUAGUAGCUGUAGAUCUAGAUUUAUCAGAAAAAGGUAAUUUUUAAUAAAUGUGUUGCAUUUGCUUAGUUGAAAAAAUGAAUAAUAGCAAGAUAUCUACAAUUGAAUAGACAAAAGAGAGAAUUUAAUCCCUUAAGUCAUAAAGAUAAGAAAAUAAGACUAAAUAGAUCCAAGUAAGGUUGGAUCAUUUUAAGAUCAUACUAGAUUAAAUAAUGGAGUUUAAAUAUAGUGUUGAGAGUACAUUAGAAAUAAUAUACAGCCAAAUAAAAGCUCAGAUAUUUACGAUUUAAAAAGAAAAAUAAUCUUAAUAAGAAAAGUUUUAAACAUAAUACAAUUUUUAAGAGGAAAUUAGAUCGUUGUCUGAAUUUCUUUCAAGUGAAAGUUAAGAAAACUAAUUAGAAUUUUAAUAGGAUAGUUAGUUUAUUGACGAAAUAGGUAAGCAAUUUGACCUUUUAAUUAAUGGCUCAGCAUAUUUCUAAACAAUUGACACUUUUAAGGAUGCUAAAUAGAAAAUUAAUGAAAUUAAUUAAAAUAACUAGAUUGAAUUAUCGUCACUUCACAAUUACAAUAAUUAAGUAAAAUUUUAUAACAUUUAAGAAAACACCUAGUUUAAAUAAACUUUGCCCUACACAUAAUAAGGAAAUCAUUAUGAUUGACAUCGAUAGUGAAAAUAAAACAAUAGAGGAUAGGUUUGUCUGCGUUGAUUGCAUAAGUGAUCAUCCGAAUUGCUAAUAUAGAACUAUUGAAAAAAUUAAUUAGUAAUGGAAUCAAACUAAGAAAUAGCAAGACAGGAUAUUUUCUGAGUUAAAGGUUAAAAGGUAAGAGAAAUAGAAAAAUCUGAAUUAAUAGAUUGCAAUAAUGAGAAAAAAUUAUAAUUAAUAACUUAAUGAUAUUAGCGAAAAAUUAAUCACAGAAUUUUCUCUGCCAAUAAGCAAAGCGCUUGAGAUGAAUAAAUUUAAAUAAAUCUCUCUACAACAAGUAGGUAAUGACGAAUUACUUUUAAAUAUUAAUUAAAUGAUUCUAAAUGACAAAAAAAAUUUGAUUUAAGAUUCUUAAGUUGAGUAUUUGAAAUCUAAAGAUGUUUUGUUUUAAAAAGAGAUUGAAAGCAGAUUAGAGCAUUUAAAAUAACAUGAUUAAUUAGAUAUUUAAGUUACAAUAAAUAUUCUGCAGGAUAUAUAAAGUAUUCAAAAAAAGAUUUAUUUUUUUUAGAUGACAAUCAAAUCUAAGGGAUUGUUUAAUUAUAGUAAGAAAUUUAGGAGAGUGCAAAAGCAAAUUAAGGGUUAUUAAUUUUCAAGCAAGAUUUAGAUGAAAGAAAAUCUUCAAUUAUUGAUGAAUAAUUAAAGAAGCUUGAAGAAGAGUUUGAAAUCAAAUUUUAGGCACAGAAUGAGAAAGUCUCAACAAUAAUUGAAGAAAAUUAGUCUUAAUUUAAAAAACAAGAAUAAGAAUCUGAAUGUCUUUAAAAAUUAAUAGAGGCUUAAAACAAUGCAAAUUUAGAAUUAAAAAAAGAAAUAUCUGAAAUACAAGUAGAAAACAUAAAAUAGUUCUACUAAGUAGCAAAUAAAAUGACAGAUUAGAGUUAGUAAAUAAAUAACAUUAUUGAAUCUUUUGAAUAAAGUUAAAAACAACAAAUUAUCCAUGAAGAGUAUUUAAAGCCAAAAAUUGAAAUCUAAUUUAAAAAACUUAAAUAAAUCCCAAUUGUAAAACCAAAAUUGCUUAGAGAUGAUUAUUGGAUUAAAGUUUUUUAUGUUUUAUAAGAGAAAUCAAAGAAAUCAAUAAAAAAUUCAAGUUUAAUAUUUAGUACAAAAAAUGGAUUAAAUGAAUAAUCAUUUUGGAAAGAAGUCAAUAACAAAGACAAUCUACUCAUGAUUUUUCAAUCAAAAAGUGAUUAUAUCUUUGGAGCUUAUUCUCCUUGUAAGUGGGUAAAUAAUCUAAAUACUUAUGUGCAAGAUGAUACACUAUCAUCCUUUAUAUUUUCAUAAACACAUAAUUAAAUUUAUCCUUUGAAGUAAGAUAGAAAGUAAUAUGCAAUUUAUUCUUAUUCUGGUGUUGGACCUACAUUUGGAGGUGGAUAUGAUUUUUGGAUAAGUGGUAAUUUCAGUGAUGGUUAUUGUAAGUUAGGUCAUUCAUAUCAAUUUGAUUAAUAUAAAAAUUAAAGUGAAGAUCCUCAUUUAUUUGGGUAAAAUAAACCAGAAAUAAAGGAAUGUGAAAUUUAUUAAAUAUCAUUUAUUUGA